AUGCAGGCUCUCCACUGGUGCAACUUUGACAGCCCCGACCAAGCCGGCGGCAGCUGCCGCAGCGGCACCUGGCUCGGCGCGGCGCUCGCGCGGCUCGCGGCGUCCAACAACCGCCCCGGCGGCGACGGCCUGCCGCCCGAGCGGUGCCUGCCCUACGACCCGCUCGCGGGGCCCGCCGGCGGCGCGCGCGCCGCGUGCGUGCCGCGGGGUGGCGGGCAGGGCUGCGGCGGCCGGCGGCCGGCGUACUCAGAUGGCAGCUUCGCUUUCUUUGAUCUGUUGGAGCAGUGGGAGGUGCAGCGCCACCUGCGCAACCACGGCGGCGUCAUCACGCGGGUAGACCUGACCCCGGAGUUCACGGCCUUCUUCAACGCCACACCGCGCGGCGUGCUGGCCGACGCGCCGCCGGCGCGCGGCAAGGUGGAGCAGCACGCCGUGGUGAUCGUGGGCUACGACAAUGGCGAGGGCUGGUGGCGCGUGCGCAACAGCUGGGGCGUGGACUGGGGCGACGGCGGCUAUUUCAGGAUCGGCUAUUCCGCUGCCUUCAACCUGGGGAUGCUGUCGCCUGGUGACACCUUUGGCCUCACCUGGACGCCUAAGCAGCAGCCGCCGGCGCCGCGGCUGGAGAGGCACGAGGCCUGGGGCGGCUGCGGCUGGUACACUGCGCGCCUCGCGGGCGAGUGGCUGGCGGAUGUUGGCUACGAGUUCAAGGCGAGCCCGGGGGCGCAGACCUCCGCCAUUGAUGUGGAGGACAUGUUGGGCUUCACCGCCAACUUCACACGCAUGUACCCCGCCGCAGACCCGCAGGCGCCCCUGAGGGGGCGGCGGGUGCUUGUCUGCGGCGCGCAGGCUGAGCCGGGCGACGCCCGGCAGCCGACUGGCCGCGCCCGCGCGGUCGUCGGCGCCCCGGCCGGCCCGUUUGGCACGACCCCCGAGAUCGCGUCCACCAGGGCAGACCACGUGACGACCGCGAUCUACGACGGCCGGGCCGCUUUUCUGAAGUACGGCCCGCCGACGUCGAUAUGCGCCUGGACGGGCGGCUGGUGGAGCCCCGUCAUCUCUGUGCAGUACGGGAACGCGACCAGCCAGCUGUGA